AUGAAUGAUCAUCUUACUAUGCAGGUGUCCCGAGCAGAAAUCAGAAACGCAGUGUUUAGCAUUGGGAAAGAGCAAUCCCUUGGCUCUGAUGGCUUUACUGCUGCAUUCUAUCAAAGGUUUUGGGAGGAGAUAGGUUGGGAUGUGUCUGAAGCCAUUUUGUCCUUCUUCCAAACAGGCCGACUACUUCAUAGUGUGAAUCACACAUUACUGACGCUUAUCCCAAAAGUGGCCAAUGCUGAUUCCAUGCGCCAAAUGCGGCCUAUUGGGCUAUGCCAGGUUUUAUACAAAAUAAUUGCCAAAAUCCUUGCAUCAAGGCUAAGUUCCGUUCUUCCUCAGAUCAUUAGUCCAUUUCAAAAUGGUUUUGUUAAAGGGCGUUGCAUUUCCGAUAACAUUCUUAUUGGCCAGGAGGUAAUGCAAUUUCUCAAGACCAAGGUCCGGGGACAAGACAAAUGGAUGGCGUUAAAGCUCGACAUGGAAAAGGCGUAUGACCGAGUGGAAUGGGAGUUUCUUUUUCAGGUUAUGAAAUCGAUAGGCUUUUGUGAGAAGUGGAUGGUAUGGAUCAAAGCAUGCAUUUCAACAGUCCACUUUUUAGUUCUGCUCAAUGGAACGCAGUAUGGCUACUUCCAACCUCAGAGGGGGAUUCGCCAGGGGGAUCCGUUAUCCCCAUUGCUGUUUGCCAUCUACACCGAAGCAUUUUCUGCCAAACUCAGCCAAGAGAUUGCAUCGUCCUCCCUUCAUGAGUUAAGACUUCACAGGUACCUGGGCCUUCCUUCCCAAAUCCGCCGCUCUAAAUCCCUAUCUUUCCAAUUCAUUGAGGAAGAUUUGGCGGCUCGCAUCAGGAAUUGA